AUGUCGUCCUCGAACACGAACAACCACCACCCUCCCUCCUCCGCGGACAUCGCCUCACAAUCAAACUCGAACGUCCAAAUUGACCCGAACAGCGGCUACACUCCGAGUGACAACCAGCUUGCUGGCUUGGUGGAAGCGGCGACCGCUGCUGCUGGCCAAGAUGUCUCUCCUCAAUGGGCUGCGGCCGUCGCGACUGCUGCCGGAGUAGCGGGCCAUCACCAAUUAGAUGGAUAUAGUGCAGACAUGCAUCUUGGAGACGAUGGGUUCGGUGAUACGAACUUCGGCACGGGGAUGGGAGGUGGCAGACACCUGCGAGUACAAAAUGACCACACCCAGGGAUCUGGACUCUCUCGGACCGUUUCAAAGAAACGGAAGAGGAAUGAUGAUAACCUCGAUCCCGCGUUGGCUGGAGCUGGCCUCUCUGGAGCGCAGCACCAGCUUUCCCAACAAUCUCAGCAAGGUCAGCAUGCCUAUGCUGGUGACAACAUCGAUAUUCGUCCCGUCCCGCCACAGUCGCUUUCCGAAGCGCGCGCAGUUGGAGUCCAUUCCGCUGCAGCGCUGUUCCGCCAACCAUCAAGCAACAAGAAAUACACACGUCCUCCAAUGUCGAAGCUAUUUUCUUCUCUUGAACUUUCACCCGAGAACUUCUUGCAUCUCCAAGCUGCGGCUAAAGGAUUCAUGCUUGACGACGAUUACCCCGAGCGGCGUGACUGCGUGGGCCAGCGAGGCAAAGGCGACACGGAAAUGGUGAAGUUGCGGCUUUGGAACUGCGUUAAACAAUUUCUUGACUCCGAGGGAAAUGGCGAGCGUUUCUUCGGGGAGAAUGUCGUGAACGAGGGUAUGGGACCCAGGACUUACAUUUGGCCCCGCGACCAGCAGAAGAUCAUUUCUUUGGUCAUCCCUCUUUUGCGGCGAAUGGUGACCAACGAACGACAACGCCAAUAUGCGAUUGAAACACGGAAGGGAGGAGGCACAGAAGAGCGUCGACGCCGCAAAACCAACGAAAGCUUCCAGGAUUUGAACGGCCCUCGGUAUUCUCCAGAGCAUCAACUUCAGCAGAUGCACAACCAAAGCCAGUCAAUGCCUCCGCCACCUCCCCCGCCUCCAGUACAGGUUUCUCAGGCCCCGAUGGAAUCUGGCCAGAUUAUGGAUGUGGGAUUGAUUGACUUGCUAUUGGAGGGAUAUACGGUGGACUGGAAUGACAUGGCCAAAUCGUACGAUAUGUACAAUCAGGACUAUGAGCUGGAUAAUCUCUGGUCUCUUUCUGGUCUUCAGCAGCCCGACUGGCGUGGAUUGGUCGCGGCUGUAGAUAGCCAUUAUCAUGUUGUCCACAACGGCGAUUAUGAUUGCCCGACUGGCUGCGAGGACGAGAACGUCAACCGUAUCGUCCAUGCUGACGCUACGGCAACUUUACCAUGGCGGAUUGGAGGAACCCGCAAUCCGCCUGCGCGUGACGAGUUUGCCAGCAGUAUCACUCGCGAUGUCUCGCGUAUUAUCCGUGAGAACAUUGCUGCCAGACACGGGGCUCAUCCGGGUCCUCAAGGACAAGCGGGAGCCGAUCCACAUUCUCAUCAGCUUUUCGUCCCUAUCGAUAACCCCAAAGCCCACAUGUCUUCAAACAUGACCUCCUCCCACGCCAGUCCUCAUACUCAGAUAUACCUGCGCAUCAAUGUGCUUCAGCAUGGCAAGCGUGUACUCCCUCGACUCGACCUCCAAGCAGGCCAGUGUCCCAAUGUCGACACCAUCAAGGAAUCAGUUCUCCGCCGCUACCAUGGGCAGAUUCCCGGUCUUCCUCUUCUCCAGGGGUCGGAUAGUAUCGAUCAGCAAAUUCGAGACUCGGCUGCCGCAUCCAGCUGGAAGGUCAAGGCGUUGGUGCCGGAUGGCCUCAUCACGAUCCAAAGUGAGAAGGACUGGGCAUUCGCUCUCCUGUCUGCAGAUACUGUGGACUGGAUGGAUGGUGAUUUGAAGAUUCUAGUUGAACUCGAAGGUGGCAAUACCCAGUAG